AUCCGCACAUGGAGGAUGGUGGGGGGUGUGUGUGUGACCCCUGGGCUCCCCUCACCCCCUCUGCUCCUGCCAGGGGACCCCCGGCGGACCCUCACCCACUUCAGCCAGGACAAUGUGUCCCACUACGACAUCUUCCUGCUGGAUGAGAGCGAGGAGCAGCUCUACGUGGGGGCACGCGACUGGCUGCUGGCCCUCGCCGUUGGCACCCCUGGCAGCAUCCGUGCCAAAGCCUCGAUAAGGUGGGGACCCACAGAUGUGAAAACAUCUGAAUGCACUUUUAAGAAGAAGAGCAAAGAGACGGAGUGCUUCAACUUCAUCCGAGUCCUGGUGGCCCUGAACCAGACCCACCUCUACGCCUGUGGCACCUACGCCUUCAGCCCUGCGUGCACCUACAUCCACCUGGAAAGCUUCACGCUGGACAGUGGCAGAGGACAGUCCUUCCUGGACGGGAAGGGCCAGUGCCCCUUCGAUCCCCAGCACACUUACACAGCCCUGCUGGUGGACGGAGAGCUCUAUGCUGGCACCAUGAACAACUUCCAGGGCAACGAGCCCAUCAUCUCCCGCUCGCUGGGCACCCGCACGCUGCUCAAGACGGACGCCUUCCUCCGCUGGCUCUCGGCCGACGCCGCCUUCGUGGCCUCCUUCAGCCUCCCUGGGGACGACAAGGUUUACUUCUUCUUCGAGGAGACAGCAGAUGAGUUUGACUUCUUUGAGAAGCUCCUGGUGCCACGGGUGGCCCGUGUCUGCAAGAGCGAUGUAGGGGGGGACAAGGUGCUGCAGAAGAAGUGGACAACUUUCCUGAAGGCACAGCUGGAGUGCUCCGAGACCGGCCACUUCCCCUUCAACGUCAUCCACCACGCCUUUGCUCUGCCCCGCCACGACGGCCGCACUGUUUUCUACGCAGUGUUCACCUCGCAGUGGCAGGCGGGCAGGGCGGGCAGCGCCGCCGUCUGUGCCUACCGUCAGGAGGAUCUGGAGAAGGUCUUCGAGGGCAAGUACAAGGAGCUGAACAAGGAGAGCUCUCGCUGGAUAGUCUACAGUGGCCCUGACAUGAGUCCCCGGCCUGGCAGUUGCUCCAUGGGUGCCUCCUCGGACAAAGCCCUCAGCUUCAUGAAGGAUCAUUUCCUGAUGGAUGGGAAGGUGUCACCCCUCCAGAAAAAGCCUCUCCUGGUGAAGUCAGAUGUCAACUACACGCGCAUCACAGUCCAUGAGACCCACGAUGUGCUGGGCACCCCGUGCCGUGUCAUGUUCCUGGCCACAGACAAGGGUUUCCUGCACAAGGCAGUGGAGCUUGAGGGAGUGGAGGGUGCCCACAUUGUGGAGAGCAUCCAGCUCUUUGCAACACCAGAGCCGGUGAAGAACCUGCUGCUGGCACCAGGGAAGGGCAUCCUCUAUGUGGGCUACUCCAGAGGCGUCCUGCAGGUCCCGCUGGCCAACUGCAGCCUGCACCGGAGCUGUGCCGAGUGCGUGCUGGCACGGGACCCCUAC